AUGUUAUGCAAAACUAAAAAUAAGCAAAAGAUGGAACAAAUGGCAUUACAAAAUGCUAAAGUUGUGAAUGUAAAUGAAACGAUUGCAACAAAACAAUCAUCACCAGAAUGCAUAAUGCCUGCAUUAUCAACAACACAACAAACUACUGAUAAACUGAUAAAAGAAAAUGUUAAGAAGGCAUUAUCAAAACAAUCACCAACAAUACCAAUGCAAUCAGAAGCAAAUGUUAAAAAGAUUUCUUUGCAAUCAACACAAACUGAUACAGAUUCAAAACAAAAAAAAAGUAGAGAUGAAAAGUUCAAAAUAAAUAAAACACAAUCAGAAACGGAAUUCGAAGAUGUAUCAUUAGCAACAUCAAUGCUAAUUGAUAAAACACAAGCAAGCAUUUCACAACGAGUAGAUGAUAGUGCUGAUACCGGUGAAUACGUGGAUGAUCUUCCGGAAGAUGAAGAAAAAAGUAGCAGUGAAUAG